GGAGAGACUAUGGGAAUGAAUCAACAACCAACCAAAUCAUUGCAAGUCAUAUAACAUGUGUCCAAUAAGCCUUGCAAAGAGAUCAACCUUAAAUAGUAACAUAAUAUAGUUUCCACCAUAGAGAAGAACAACUACAAGAAACAAGAUAAAUAGAGAAGUCAUACCAUCGACCUUUCAAUUCGGUACAACCCGUCGAUUUUUGGUCUAAUACAAAGAAAAAUCAUGUGAACGAAUGUAAUGGUGCUACGAAUUCUAUGUUGAAUAUUAAUAUAUUUAACUCGUUUACGUGAAACUGAGCCUAACUACGGAACCAUGGGUUAAUAAAAAAAAGAAAAAAGUCUAGAACAAGAAACGUAUAUCCUUUUGGUAUAUAAAUUUAUAUAUAGAUGAAAAAGACCAAAAAUAAAAGGAGUAUCAAUUUGCAAGGAAAAAGACACGAGAGAGAGAUCCACUUAGAAACGUAUAUUCCCAUAUCCCAAACGUGCACAACAAAAAACACAUCUUAAGACAACUUUGAAAAUCUCAUUGCCUCAAAAACAUUCUUAACUCUUAUCCAAGCACAAAGAUACUUCGAUCAUAUGGUGACAGAAGCUAUGAAAGCCAAGGCAGAGGUCUACCAUGGAGACAAGACAUGCAGAGACAAAUUCCGCUCCCUUUUAUCCCAAAUCGGUUUGCCAAACCGGCUCCUUAGUAACCAGGAGAUUGAAGAAUGUGGUUACGUGAAGGAUACGGGUUUCGUGUGGUUAAAGCACAAGAAGAAAGAGGAGAAAAAGAGAUAUCAGAACUUGUUUAGAUUCGAUAACGUUAUGGUUUGUUUCGAAGAUGAAGUCACUGCGUAUUUCGAACCCAACAAGAUCAAGAAACUCACUGGUGUUAAGGCCAAGGAGUUCAUGGUAUGGAUCUCACUCGGUGAGAUUCAUGUAAACCGUUCUUCUGGUUUAAUAACUUUCAAGACACAUGUUGGUUUAUUGUCUAAGUCGUUGCCCUUGUCCGUGUUUGAAAACGUUCCAGCUGAUCAUGAUAUCAAGGAGAAACCAAAGAAGGUUCAACAAAAAUUAAACAACACCAAAAUUUUAUAUUAAAAGAAAACAGAUGAAAUAAGAUGUAUAUAUAUGUAUAUGUUUUUGUAUUUACUUAAAAAUCAGUUUCUUCGGUUAAACAUUGUACACAUACAAAAUCUAUUCCUUGACAAAAAAAAAAAUACAAAAUCUAUUCAUUUAAUCAUUUUUAUCUUUUUUUGGCAUGAAAUCAUUUCUUUCAAUGUUCAAGAAAACAUAUGAAAUAAGAUGUAUAUGUAUGUGUUUGUUUUCAUAUGUUUAGGACCAGUCUCUUGUAUAUAUAAAUCAAUUUUUGAAAAUCCAACUAGUCAGUAAAUCGGUCAAAUCCAAAAUGAAUAUUUUAAAAUUAAAUUUCUAUGGCUCAAAUUGGUUUAAACCAUUGUAAAGUGGUUAAAUUGAUUUGAAUGGAUCACUAUUAGUUUACAUUGGUUAAUCAAGUAAUAAUGUUAAUAUAAAUCCAUAAUAUAUCUAAUUUUUAUAAUUUUUCAAAACAAUAUUAUAAUUAAAUCCAAACUAAAAUAUCGAAUAUAAAUAUAAAACAUCUAAAAAAAUUAAUGAUUUAUUAACGUCUCCUCUAUGCCUUUUUUUUUUUUCUUACACUGAUUUUAGGCCUCGGAUAAUCUUUCUAUCCGUUAAUUCUUUACAAACUCUUAGUUACCGCGUACUAUCUUUUUUUUUUUUAACAUUGAUUACAAACUAUUUCAUAUAACCGUUUCUAUUGAGGGAUAUAAAAACCUUGAACCAAUUUUCACAAAUCCUAAAGGAUCCAAGAAAACAAACAAAAGAAAAAUGUAGAAAAUGCAA